AGUGGCUCGGGGCAGAGACGGCAGCGGGGCAGGUGCUACUAAUGACACAGGCUCUCCAUUGGUUCGAGUGGUGAAGUAAGAAGCUCCCACGAGUCCCUUCUCAUUGGAGUGUAGCGGUGUGACAUCAGACCCCGAGCGUGGCAUUGGUUCCCUGAAGUGUGACGACAGACUUACGCCUUUGAAAGUUGGCUAACCGUUCUCUUACUGGCUGGAGAUCCGUGACGUCACUUGGGUUAGAAGUCGCGGGGAUUUAACUCUGACACUCUGUAUUCAUUGACAGCGCGGCAGCCGUAGCAUCAGCACCAGUGUCGGUGCAGAGCGUUUGGAGGUGCUAUACACAGGCUUGCUGCUCCGCGCCACAAGGCAACGUAUCUCCCAGCAAACUUCACUCAACCGUGUGGAAAAGAUUAUUGUGUGGUUGAGCGGUGAAGUGUGGUGUUACUUCCCUGCGUAUGAUACAGAGGGAAGGAAAGAGAACCAGUGAUAGAUAAAACCUGACAAAUCGGCACCAUCUGUUGUAAACGUGCCUGUGUGUGUCUGUGGAGUUAUCAAAGCUUCGAGAUGAGAUCGAGUCGCUCGUGGCGAUUAACGUAACAGGAGUGAAGGCGCAGAGCGUGGAGGUGUCGUAGGAGGUGUAGGAUGUGCCAAGGAACCUACGAUUGCGGCGGAGAGUGCAACAGCGGCGCCAACAACACCACUACCACCACCACUACCAACAACAACAGUAUCCACAUUUAUAACAGCAUCAACAGUAGUAACAAGCCGGACAGUACACACUCCGGCACCAUCCAGCCCUCGAGGAACAGCAUGACUAUGGGCGGUGUGCGGGGCGGCUCCACCCUCAACGAGGUGGGCGUGCCGAGACACGUGCCGCACUACGCUUCCACGCCACAUCUCUUCGUCUACCAAGCGGCUGAGGACGAGGACGAGGUGGACAACGACACCAAAGAGAUCAAGGAACCCAUAUAUUCUUCUGCCAUCGACAUCCGCAAGGUGGCGGCCAACAAGGAGGUGGAGGCGGUGCGGCGCAUCAAUGAGAAGUAUGACUCUCUGCGGGCGCUGACCGACCGCCGAGAUGAACCUGAGGAUCCAUUGGCUGUGACGGACGAGGACGUGUCGCGCAUCGAGACCUUCUUCCGAGGCCACAAGACUCAGCUAUGGGUGUGCCGCACGAUGGCCAACCUGUACAGUGAGGGCGGCGUGGGCGCCACACAUGGCACCUGGGAACUCAAGUACACAGGUGUGCCCAUCCUGCUGCUGGACCUGGGCGACACACGCUCCAGGGACAAACGGCAGCUGCAGCUCGUUCUGGCUGAAAAGGGGACAGGUUUUGCUUUGUGGCGAGACGUGGUGGAUAACCUGACAUCCUACCGCGCCCAAGAGCCACAGUUCCACACGCUGUACCUGUCCUCCGAUCACCGCCGCCGCAUGGGCUUCUCCUUCAACGAAGGUCGCGCUGCCUGCGAGUUUCUGAGUCACAUUGAGCGACUCACAGCCGAUCCCGCCAACAUCUCGCUCUCUGGCCCCAGCAAGAAGAAGAACAAAAUCAAAGAGAAGUUACCAAAGUACAAAGCACCGAAAAAGACGGAGAUCUCUACUCCUUGCAACUUCCAACACGUGACCACUGUUGAUGCUUGCGACAAGACGCGAUUCUUCUCAUUGCAAGCGUUCUCCAAGGCAAAGAACGCGCCGCCCAUCCAGCCUCACACGGUGCUGGAGCGUCCCACCAUCAUUGCUUCGGACACCAAGAAGUAGCGGUGACCCGUCUUCCGUGCUGCUACUCUCAGUGAGUCGUUUGAAUUAAUAACUGAACUCUGAGUGAUACUGACAGUGAGGACGCGUCGAUCGGUGCGCCAUCUACUCUUAGUGCCAAUGUGUAGCUCAUUCCGUGACCCGUACUAAUUAAAGGCAACUAUUGAACUGUAGCUGUUAAGUAAGAAUUGUGAAGUGUCUGUGGGUAAAAGCAUAUGUGUUCUAGACAUUGUUCCUCUGCAGUAUGACAACGAAUGUGCUUAAAAUCGUGCAAACUUAAAUCUCAUUUACAAGGUUCUGACAGUACAGCUCAGCAGCAGACAGGAGUGAAGGAUCACAUUCUCUUACACUUUUGCCAGAACAUUUCACUGAACAUACACUUGAAAUUAAUUAAAGUUUAUCUACAAGUCCACUCGUCAACAUGUCGAAUUAAGACAUACAAGAAUACUCUGAGUAGUGGACUGGUGGACUGCACACAGCCGCUGGAGGUGGAACGAGGCUCGCAGUCGUGCUGUGAUCAAGACACACGCGUAACACUCCCAUGUGCCACCACUAGCUGUAGUUGUUUGUGUAGAUUUAAUGAUAGUCGUUACAUAGAUAUAAAUCGACCAUGUAGAUACUGCAAAAGAUCGUUCAUAAUGAAAAGAUCAUUGUAAAUGUUGUGCUUACAAAUAUUAUGGAAACAGCCUUCAAACUACCGUGGUGAAGCCGUGCACUGCGUCAGGAAAGGGAAACUUCCUACAGAAUACACGAGUGCUGAAUAUUGGUAGUGUACACUGCAGUGUCAUGGAUGCCAUGAACUGUCAACAAGGAAGUGUAUGUGUUGCUGAAGAGCUAAUAAUUAUUCCUCUUCCCAUAUGAUCGUAGCGUUAGCAGCUGAGGUGUGAGAGUUCGCCACAGUGAGCGGGACGAAGCAAGUUUAUUCAAGGACUGUGCUGAGCUGGUGCUGCCGACCUCCUCCCGCCUCACCCCCAGCAGGGAGAGGCAGGGAAGGAGGGGCCGCGUGGUGGAGCGUCACUGGUAUGCGAAGACAAGUGAUAGAAGUCAGUGUGAGCCCUUCGAUGUGUCGGAGUCGUCAUCGUCCACCGCCGGGACGCCUGUCAUGGGCCAGGCUCAUGUGGGUGAGUCCCGGCCACGAGGGUCACUGGUGGCGCCGCGGUCUGUUGCACGGCGGUGACGGGCUGCACUACCUGGUGGCUGGUGAAAGGUCGCCGCAAUAGCAGUGUUGUGUGGCCUGUCUGGAUGUCUGUAUUGUUAAGUGCAUCUGUGUAGUUCAUACUUGUACUGCGGGGCUUCAGUGUUAUCAGAUAGUGCUGGUGUGGUGUUGAUCUGCUCCGUGGUUGUACAUACAUUGUGUCAUUGGUCUAAGUCAUGCACUGUUUCAGUGGACGAUAUUUCUCUGUUGAAUUCUGAUUUGUGAAUCAUUAAUUUUACGGGAAAUUUAAGAAAAAAGUAAAUUCAAAUAAAAAUUGGUAUUACAAAGAUUCAUCACGUUGAGAUUCAUUUUAGAUGCUUAUUUAUGUUUUGUAUGCAUAACACUUUGGUGACAACAAGUAGUGAGUGUCAUAACAUUAAUGAAAUGAAGCAGUGGUAGGUGCAGAAGGAUUAUGUCGUAAUUUCCUGCAUAUCCCGCCCUGCUGUUCGUGGCCUGGAGGAAGGCCGGUAGGACCAACGGCUCGUGAGGGCACAUCAGUGCAACACUGCUGAAGACACGUGCCAGCACCAGUGGUGGUGUUGAUUCAGCCAAGAGAUGGCUGCAGUCUGAGUUUCUGUAUGUUUGGUCCCAGUUUUGUUGAUAAUUACUGAACAACAUGCUCCCCAAGUGGCUGGUGACAGUGUAGCAUUGAUGUGGCCACACUCAAGCCUGCACACCUUGAUGUAAUGCAUCUUCUUUCCGUUGAGAAUGUGUUUGUGGCAGUCCCUUCUUCAUGUUCCCUUACUGCACCAUGUUUCCUGUUUCAUGGCCUGAGUACGUAAAACCCCAGCUUCCUGACGAGAACGUUACGGCUCGUCGUGUUCCUGACGGCGCCGCGUCAAGGCCACAGAGGAAUAUGUCUGAUUACAACUUUGCAGACUAGUUAUCGAAGCCGCCAUCUUUUUAUGUUACAUAUGUUUUGUACCUGACGGCAGAGCCUUGUGUGUGUGUGUGUGUGUGUGUGUGUGUGUGUGCGCGCGCACGUGCGCGUGCGUGCGCGAGCGCGCGCGUGCAACAUUCCUCAUUCAGAUUUUUUAUAUCAAUAUAUGUUAGUUUAUAAAGUUAUUAGAAACUCCUUUGCAGCUCUUUUUUGUUACGUAAUACCCUUAUGUAUGAUUUUGCAAUAUCUACAAUAUACGAACCAAUCAAACCUGUAUGUACAGUGUAAAUAAAGAUACGCGUAGA